GUCACGGAUCUGCGCGUGGCCAUGACCGACAUGAUAAAGAAUCGGACGGGAUUGCGGCGGGGAAAACGGCUAAUGGGCGAAAGAUGAGGAGAAAAACAAUAGCAAAGCGCAUCCUGUUUAAUGAAUACGAGGGAUUUGAAGAGCAUCAUGAAGAAACCGGCGCGAGGGAGAACCACAUCCUCAGUCAAGAAGCAACGAAGAGCAGAAAAUGGAGAGGGAUAAAUGGAGCAGAGAUCUCAGCGUGUAAUGUUGACUUUGUGAAGUUCAAAACAAGGGCGUUUGAGGUUGACAAGUCAAUAGGCGAUGCUACAAGGGAUGCAGAUUUUACUGUGGAGGAGUUCGGAAGUUUCCAAUCCCAUUCAAGGGCGGAGCUUAUUGCCAUGGUGCUGAGUAUGCAGAGGGAGAUGGAUGGCCUCCGGGAGCAACUCAGGAGCCUUACAGCAUGUGCGAAGUUGGCACAGACUCUGGAAGAGUUAAUUGAGAGGAGUGAGAGAUGGCUGAGCUGUAGCAACGAAACCGCAACUCUGAGUUCUCCAAAGGUGCUUGAGGGAAGCGGGCCACCCAGUGAUAUUUCUCAUCCAAUGGUGCUCAGUGGAAGAACGACUGAAUGUGCAAGUUCAAAUCAGCAGAGGUGUGGUCAGUUUGAGGUCACACAAACAGUGCCACAAAAGAAUGGAACACUUCUUGAGCAGAAAGUUAUCACUGCUGAUCUUCUGGAGCGCUGCAACACAGGGACCACCGCUCAAAAACUUACCAAUGACCUGCUGCGCAAUCUGUACGACAGAGACUACCUGGCGUUUCACUCUAUCUCAGGCAUUGUUAACGGCAAGCGAGGGACGCCUAAACCAGCUCUUCCUGCUCUUGAGAUCCAGGCCAUUCUGAGGACAGUACAACGGUUCUUCCCCGGAAAGACAGAUUCGGAAAUAAAGGGCUACAUUCGACAGAAGCUUCAGAAUGAGGCCAAGAGACUUCGAAAAAGGCCACACCCAGCUAAUGAUCCAUUGGUGGGCUCUUUCGAAGAGCAAUGUUUGAGCAUUGAGUGUUCACACUUUAUCCAACCAAUGGCAGGCCGUCCCCAAUGAAUUUUGUUUGUUACAAAGGAACAAGCGUAAACAACUACUGAAGCAUUGGUAGUAUUUUCUCCUCAAUGUAUUUGAAAGGUUUUUGUUUUUGUAUAGAUUAUAGAAUAUAUGACCAACUAUGUGUGUACGUUUUCAUUAUGUUGAUUACACAGAACUGUGACUUUGUAUUGUUUUGAUAUUGCAAAAUGAGCAGUUUCAUCAUACUUACUGAUAACUCGAGAACAAGUGGAUGAAUGCUUCAAUGUACUCCCAUUGAUUUCCAAUGAUUGUGAACGAUCAUACAUUGUUUGUUGUGCAACCAAAACUUCAAAUGAAGUAGACUAAAGCUGUGAACACAGGGGGUGGGGUUACAUUGUGAUUGAUGUAGUCAGACUUGUGGUAUUUAAGUUGAUCACAUGUUGAAAGUGUAAUGUGAAAAUAUUUUCUGUGAAUAUGUAAUGUGAAUAUGUCUUGGAUAUACAAACGUGCCUCCUUUAUUGGGACUCCUUACCGUGGCCUUAUCAUUCAGAAACGCAGCAUUACAGCUAAUUUCGAAACCACUGUGAUUACACCCAUUAAAAGCAACUUG